AUGGCUGACGAAUCCGGAAGCACCGUGACGGCAGCUGCUGGCGGCGAUUCGUUGCUUGAAAAGAUCACAGAGAAGCUUCACUUUGAUGAAUCGUCCUCCGAUUCCGACUCCGAUUCUCAUUCCGAUUCCGUUAAACCGGCUGCUUCAUCGGUUAAGGACAAGGUUUUUCGCCUUUUUGGAAGGGAGAAGCCAGUCCAUUCCGUUCUUGGCGGCGGAAAGUCUGCUGAUGUCUUCUUAUGGAAGAACAAGAAGAUAUCGGGUGGGGCACUCGGUGUAGCAACUGCUAUUUGGGUGUUUUUUGAGCUGCUUGAGUAUCACUUUCUUACUCUCAUUUGUCACAGUUCGAUUCUGGUUCUUGCAUUACUGUUCUUGUGGUCCAAUGCUCAUACAUUUAUUCACAAGACUCCACCUCACAUCCCAGUAGUUCAUCUUCCUGAGGAACCAUUUCUGCAGUUUGCAUCUGCAUUGAGAAUUGAAAUUAACAGAGGAUUUUCUGCCUUGCGCGAUAUUGGUUCUGGAAGAGAUUUGAAGACAUUCCUCUCUGUUGUUGUUGGCUUGUGGAUUCUAUCAAAAUUGGGAAACUGGGCCAAUUUCUUGACCUUGUUCUACAUAACUUUUGUUUUGUUGCACACAGUUCCUUUCGUUUAUGACAAGUAUGAGGACAAGAUAGACCCUCUGGCAGAAAAGGCAUUCAUCGAGAUUAAAAAGCAGUAUGCAGUGUUUGAUGAAAAGGUCUUGAGUAAGGUCUUGAAUAAGAUCCCAAUCGGUUCAUUGAAAGGCAAGUUAGCUUAA